AGGCAUUCGGAUUGCGUCGGGUCGCAUACGGAUCUCGCUCAACGACGCCAAACGCUAGUGGAAAACGUUGUGACGUAUUUUAUCACGGUAUACGUGUCAAGGGAGAAAACAGACGCCGUUGAAAUAUAUUCUAAAAAUUGAAAUUAAGUUUAUUAAGUGCAGUUUAUAAUAAAAUUUAAAUAACAAAAAAAAAAAUGUCAAUCAACAAGGAUAAGCUUAUACGUAUGAUGUAUGAACGGCCCAUUAUCUGGAAUCAUAAGCAUAUAGAUUAUCGUAGUGGCCUGCAAAAGCAUCAAGCUUGGAUUGAACUAGCUACGGAGUUUCAUAUGACGGAUGAGGAAUUAAAAAAGAAGUGGGCAUGUAUACGUGAUACAUUUAGAAGAGAAAUGAGAAAAAUUUUGAAAUUAUCAACUGAAUCCGAACCGUACAUAUCAAAAUGGCCUUAUUUCGAUAAAAUGUUAUUUCUUAAGGAUACAAUGGAUGCAAGAAAAAGUUUCAUCGAUGAAACAGAUGAUGAAGUAAAUGAAGAUACUAUUGAACAAUCCGAUAUUCUAAUUAUAAAACAAUCAUCAUCGACAGAAAAGAUUAAUGAUGAAGAAAAUAAUGUUAGUGAUGUUCCUUAUACAUUUGGAAAUUUUCAAAUUGUUCCGCGAAAACUCUCGAUUCUUUCCGAUCCAUUGGCAUAUGGUUGCACUGAUAAUGAGACCAAUAGAAAAAGAACAUCAAAAUUAGCUGAUCUUAAAAUGGAAGAUACUUCACCAAACAAGAAAAAAUCAAAUGAUAUCAUUGAAGAUGACGAUUAUCAUUUUGUCAUGAGUAUUUUGCCAACAUUAAGAAAAGUGUCAAAUAAAAUGAAAGUUCGAAUGGACAUUAUGAAUCUUAUUAUAUCUGCUGAUAAAAAAUGAGAAAUUUUUUUUUUUUUAAAUUUUAGUUUUUUUGGUUCUCUUUUUUUUCCUCCUUGCGGCACUGGAAAUAUAAAUUGCAUUCUCGUUUAUAUACACAUUCCUUCGCUAGACAAACAACGCCAUAUGAAUUAUUGUAUUCGCGUACUCAUUGUUGACUCUUUUAACCUCUGUAUGAACUUUGCAUUGCUUUCGAAAGUGGCCUAUUUACAAAGCAGCGGUUUGUGUUGGCACAACGAUUGCCAAAUGUCCUGCUCCAAUGCCUUUAAACAUAUAUCUUUUCAAUAUACUGUCAAGUAGACGCGAGUUUAGAAUUUUCUUUUCAUAAAAAAUAUAUGUACUACGAAUUUUUAUUUUGCUAUUUGUUUUCUAUUUAAAAUAGAAUUUCUCUCAUAGACAGAAAAUAUUGUAAACUUUGUUUUCAUUUUACUAUUAAGCAAAUGUAAAUUUUUGUAAAAAAAAAAAAAAAAUGCUAUAUAGUAAUAGAACAAUAAAAAAAUAUUCUACAAUUAUA